GCACACGGUUCGUCUGUAAUUAUAUUCUUCGUCGACCUCACAAGAAAGAGAGAUCCAGAAGACGAACAACAAUGGCGUUGCAAUGGCUGAUUCUGUCGUAUGUGGUGGCCGUCGAAGUUGUGAUCGCCCUCAUGUUGACUCUACCUUACCCUAUGCUUCUUAAGAAACGUGUUGUUCAACUCGUCUCGUUGAUUCUCCAACCUGCUGCUUCCAUCGUCGCCUUCUCCGGAUUCCAGCUCCUCGAUAUUUACUGGAAGGCUGAGCAUAGACUCUCUUGUUCGUCUGAGGUAUGCACUGCUACGGAACGGGAUCGCUACGAGAAAUCUACCUACAAGGCUCAGAGGAAUGUGGUUCUUUGCGCUGCAGGAAUUCUUCUCUACUGGUGCAUCUACCGCAUCUGCAAGUACAACAAAGACCUGGAGCUCUUGGAGGCAACGGAGAAGAGAUUCAAGGAAGAGUAAUAAUCUUCACGAGUAUAGGGAGUUGGUUCCUUAAAACGAUUAUAUAAGUAAAGCUUUUUUUUUAUUAUUAUUGCAUUUCUUUUUUUUAACAUUCGAAGACUACUGAACUUGAACUAAAUUAUGAGACUAUGUAUCGUGAAUACUCUUUUGCUCACGAUAUGUUUGUCAUCAGUGUUCAUUUCUUUCACCUUUGAUCUA